AUGCCCGCCAGCACGAAGACUUACGACUGCUUAUUCGAGUUCACGAACGACAUGGCACAGCCAACAAUACUCCAUCUGACGCGGUGCUCGACGGGCGGUGUGGAGCUAUGGGAGGGGGAGAGUGUUACCCUCAUCCUCGAGUCGGGCUCGACGUACUACUACACGGUCAAGCAGGGCGCUAAGGAGGCGCGCAUUUCGUACGUUGUAUCUUUGACUACUCUAGCGUUCGUUAGCUAA